UUAGUCAUGGAAUAUGAACACGAGUCUUUAGUGGGAAAAGUGAGUGAAAUCUAUGAAAAUAUUUCAAAAUUAGAUAGUCUCAACCCAUCAAAGCAAGUGAAUUUCCUCUUCACUCAACUUGUUCAAGCAUGUAUUCCCCCUUGUCCCAUUGAUAUUGCCAAAUUGUCCAAUAGGGCCAAGGAAAUGAGGUCCAAACUAAUUACCCUUUGUGGGAAAGCUGAGGGUCUUCUAGAGAGUCAUUAUUCUACUCUUAUAGGAUCUUAUGAGAAUCCACUUGACCAUAUUAGUCUUUUCCCUUACUAUUCCAAUUACCUUAAACUCAGCCAAUUAGAGUUCACCAUGCUAAGCCAAAACUGUACUCAAGUCCCUAAUAAAGUGGCCUUUGUGGGCUCUGGUCCCCUUCCUCUCACCUCUAUUGUCUUAGCUUCAUCUCACUUGAAAACUACAGCAUUUCAUAACUAUGACAUUGAUCCAAUGGCAAAUUCCCAAGCCUGUGACUUGGUCUCACCAGAUUCUGACUUGUCCAAAAGAAUGUUCUUCCACACUUCAGAUAUUAUGAAUGUCUCAGAUGUGUUAAAGGAAUAUCAAGUAGUUUUCUUGGCAGCUCUAGUGGGAAUGAACAAGGAGGAUAAAACUAGAGUUAUUGAUCACUUGGCUAAGAACAUGGCACCAGGAGCUAUUCUCCUGCUAAGGAGUGCACAUGGAGCUAGAGUGUUUCUUUAUCCUGUCAUUGAUCCUUGUGAUCUUCAAGAAUUUGAAGUUCUCUCAGUUUUUCAUCCAACAGAUGAUGUUAUCAACUCGAUUAUUGUUGCUCGUAAAAAAUCGAUGCCUAUAAUCCCACUGAAUCAAGGGCUUUUCUCUAGCAUAUUGCCUAGCAAAUGCUCUGAGAUCCAUGGUUUCAAUACUCUAAACCAUGGAAACAUGAUUGAAGAACUUGCCAUUGAUGAGAAGUAAUCCUAAUUCAUUGGCUAGUUUAAGAAGGCCUAAUGCCAAACCUUAUAUAUAAAGCAUAAUAAUUGAGCCAGUAUUAGGCAGCUCAGAGUGCUUUUUUUUUUCUUGUGCUGUUUCAAUACUCAAGAGGAUGUAUUUCCUUGUUACCAUAUGUUAUA